AGGAUGGAUAAAUUUAUCCACCGGAUAAGCUUAUCCGGUGGAUAAAAAGGCUAUCCACUGGAUAGUUAUCCGGCGGAUAAAAAGUUGUUGCAGAAAGCACGGAUAGCGAGACGUAUAACUAUCCGAUGGAUAACUCGCUAUCCAAGCAGUUGCCAUGGUUACAGCCCAGGCGUUGCGUGAUCUGUUCGCUCGCGCGUGCUAGUGGCGAGACAACAUGGCAGAAAAUGUUGCUCCUUCCCCGGCAAAGCGCGCUAGAAAACCCAAUUUUACACCCGCCGAAUGCGCAGUUAUUUUGGAAGAGGCGGAAGAAAAUAUAAACAUUAUCAAAAGUAAAUUUUCCUCCACACUUUGUAAUAAAAACAAAACGCGAAUAUGGGAGGAAAUAACCGAGAAAGUCAAUGCCCUCGGAGUUUCCAAAAGAACUGUUGUGGAGGUAAAAGAAAAGUGGAGAGGAAUGGUGAGUGGAGCAAAAAGAGAGCACAACAAAUGUACCACGGCAGUAAAGAAGACCGGGGGUGGAAAGAAACCGGCUUCUCCAAAGGCUACCACAGCCAAAAUUAUCGAGCUCUUCGAAACGGAUCCGUCUUUCAGCGGCAUUUUGGGCGGUAUCGAUUCAGCACAAGUUUCAGACUUAUCAACAGUGGAUAAAGGGGUUCUUGGAAUAGAAAGUGAACUUCACCCUGUUGCUUCACACUGCGUACUUCCAGACACCUGUGAAUCCGCAGACCCCAGUGAACUGUCACGGCUAGAUUGCCCUAGUAUCUGUUCUGAUACAGUUCCAUCAUUACCGUUGGAGGAGCCAGCAACACUUGCCAAGCCACACUCAAGAAAAAAGGUCACCAUUGAUGACAUCAAUGAAAUGCACCUUGAAGUCCUUAAAAAGGAAAAUGUAAAACUUGACCUAGAAAUUGAAAAUCUAAAACUAAAGAAGAAAGAAAUAAUGUUAAGGAUUCUAGAGCUUGAGUCUCGAAGUAGGUCCGAAAAUAAUUUAUGAAUCAAUCUUUAUACAAUCGAACUGAAAUGGCUUUGAUUGUGACUCAUGUAACUGGUUAUUUAUGGAUUGUUACUGUCAGCUCCCUAUAUUUUCAAUCCACUGA